UAUUAAGUGUUCAUUUAGCCAUGCUUUGCCUUUCUUUUUGUGGAAAUCUUAAUUUUACACUCAGCAGUUACACUUGCAGGCAUGCGGACCGAAUAUAUAUUUUAUAGUUGAGGGAUUUCGAAAUAGUUGACAGGCAAUUAAAGACGGUAUAAUCGAUGCCAUGUCAAAGCCACAUUUCACCCGGCUGUCUGUUCAGCUGACCAGACUGAAAGAAAAUGGACACCUGUUGGACGCGAGCAUUCCGACACAGACUACCAGCGUUGUUCUUCACAGGCUUGUGCUUUCAUUGUUUUCACAAGAGAUACGACACAAGUUGAUCCAAACGGGAAAAUGUGACCUCAGCUUAGUAGGUUACAGUGAUGCAAGUGUAGAAAAUUUGGUAAAAUUUCUGUACGGAGAAAAGAUAACUAUUGGACCAGAAUGCGCUGAAAUAAUUCAAACUCUUCAUCUGGAUUGGACAUUUGAUAAAACCACGCCCAUUAAUUUAGUUUCUGAAAACACAGAAGAAGAUGCUAAUUUAGAUUUGAAAUACCUCAGGAAUCGUUCCUUUGCAACGGAAGUGCCAUUGCUACUAAAAGCCCCAAGAACAUUAGCAGACGUCAAAAUAAAAAUUGCAAUACAUAUACAUAGAUGCCACAAAGUUAUAUUAUCAGCAAUGUCAAAAUACUUUGAAGUUAUGUUUUCUUCAGGAAUGAAAGAAGCUACGGAUGAAAUAAUAACUCUUCAAGGGAUCAAAAACAAUGUAUUUAAGGAAGUAUUAAAUUUUAUUUAUACAGGCCAUAUCUCCGUCAACCGUGGAAACGCACAGGUUAUUUUAUCAACAGCGGUAUAUCUUCAGAUAGCUUCAUUGCAAAGUCUUUGUGAACAGUUCUUACUUCCGACAAUUGAUAAUACUAACUGUGUUGACCUUUGGAAAUUUUCUGAAACAUACAACUCUGUUCUUCUCCAAGCUGGAAGUUGGAACUACAUACUGGACCACUUUCUUGAAAUAAAUAGAUUAAAGCUGAUAAGGCAAUUGCAGUUCAAUGACAUUCAAAAAUUAAUCAAAGAUGACAAUUUAUAUGUGAACAGUGAAAGAGAUGUGCUUAAGUUUGUUUUAAGAUGGCUUAAAAACAAUGAAGGCUCUGAGUCACUUGAAAAUCUGCUUAUGCACGUAAGACUUUCAGAGCUAAAAACUAAAGAGCUGCAAAAUCUUCUACACUAUAAAAUUGUUGAAAGAAAUCCUCAACUAUGUGAACAUGUGAAAGAAACCAUAGAUAAAAGAAAGAAGAGGAGCAUGUUUUCGCAUCACCUUACACGUAAAGAAAAAUGUUUGGUGGUUAUGAAAACCUGCCCGUGGACACGUAGUAUUAGGGUGGUUUGCUACAGCUUGUCAGGAAAGUCUUGGUAUCAACUGGAUCCGUCUCCAUCUUUAUUAUUGGACAGAGGCUCUGCUGCCUGCUCUAGCAAAACAAAUGUCUAUAUCACAGGUGGAAAAUGUACCUUUAGCUACUUUUACAAGUUUUCUGUUGAAUCAAAUUCCUGGACAGUACUUGCUAAAAUGAAUGAGAACCGCUGGUACCAUGCUAUGGGGUGUAUCAAUGAUGUUGUAUAUGUUUUGGGUGGGACAUUCGAAAACGCCGGGAAUAAAUUAAGAACUGAUCCACUAUGCUCUAUUGCAAAAAAUGACCUCAAAGUUAACCAAUGGAUUACACUCAAUGUUACAUUAAAUAUUCCAGUAUUUGAUUCAGCAUAUGCCUCUAUUAAAUCUAAAAUAUUUCUGAUUGGAGGUUCAAACGGGGAGGUGUACUUGAAGGACAUUCAGUGCUUUGAUAGCGCGCUUGAGACGUGUACGACCUUGCACCAUCAGCUCCCUAUCACAUUGAGCCUAGCAGCUGCCUGCACAAACAACAAUGAUGUGUUCAUCGUGCAAAGAAAUGGAGACAUUAUUCAUUUCAACGAAGAAACAUCACCGCCAAAACUGUUUCACGGGAAACAAAAAUAUCCGCUGAUAGGCGUCACCACUGCGUUCAAUGAAAAUACGAUCCUAGUCAUCAGUAAGUAUCCAUCAAAAGACGAGACUUAUGCCGUAAGGAAGUUUGAUGUUCUCUGCGAGAACUACGAUAACGUUGAUGAAACAAAACUUCCUUUUGACGAUUACUUAUAUCAAAGUCAUCGAAUUCCUUUUUUUUACUGCUGUCAUGCAUGUAGAUAAAAAGUUUUUAUACCUUAAACACCGCAAUUAUAAUGAAUCACUAUCUGAACAGUGGGCUACACCACGCCGUGGCCAUUGGCAAUAUUGUCAGAAGGUUCCCGAUUGAAUAAAUCAUUGAAUGUUGUAAUGCAACCAUUUUCUAACGGCAAUGUGCAUUACAAGAUAUAUGUCAAUGCAUAUAUAUUGUAUAAAAUUAAUGACGCAUGACAUGAUCCCGAGGUCAAUGUAUUACAUCAUGUACGCUCUUAAAACAUUGAUGAGAUUACUUGUGUUAAAGAAUCACUUAAUAUAUUAUCUGUUAAAUAUUAUUCAUGCAAAGAAUACUGGUAACUUCUUUGGUUUAUUAACAUAGCAUCAUAGUUGUUAUUGUUUACUUUAUCAAUAAUAU